UAGGGUGGCAGUCCGAAGCUGUUGGGGGUGACAUUUCCAGGAAUCCCCGCUAGGAUCCCUCAUCUCUCAGCUGACUCUCCCGGAGAAAGAACGUGAAGAUGGAAACGGUGAUGUGGGCAGGAUGCACUUGCCCCGUGGAGCAAAAUGAGAGCGCAGUGAGCCGGGCCCAGCCUCUUUCCGAGCAGUCCCCGACGCCCACCAUGAACCACUUGGAGGGGGCCACAGAGGUGGAGGUGACCGACGAGGCGGCAGGUGGGGAGGUGAACGAGUCGGUGGAGGCCGACCUGGAGCACCCAGGGGUGGAGGAGGAGCAGCAGCCGCCGCAGCAGCAGCCGCACUAUGCCGGCCGCCACCAGCGCGGGCGCCCCGUCGAGGACCUCCGCGCCCAGCUCCGGCAGGAGGAGGAGGAGCGCGGGGAGUGCCUGGCGCGCUCAGCCAGCACGGAGAGCGGCUUCCACAACCACACGGACACAGCAGAGGGCGACGUGAUCGCGGCGGCCCGCGAUGGCUACGAUGCGGAGCGCGCCCAGGACCCGGAGGACGAGAGCGCCUACGCCGUGCAGUACCGGCCCGAGGCCGAGGAGUACACGGAGCAGGCGGAGGCCGAGCACGCCGAGGCCGCGCACCGCCGCGCGCUGCCCAACCACCUGCACUUCCACUCGCUGGAGCACGAGGAGGCCAUGAACGCGGCCUACUCGGGCUACGUCUACACGCACCGGCUCUUCCACCGCGGCGAGGACGAGCCCUACGCGGAGCCCUACGCCGACUACGGCGGCCUCCAAGAGCACGUGUACGAGGAGAUCGGGGACGCGCCCGAGCUGGACGCGCGCGAUGGCCUGCGGCUCUACGAACAGGAGCGCGACGAGGCCGCCGCGUACCGCCAGGAGGCCCUGGGCGCGCGGCUGCAUCACUACGACGAGCGCUCCGAUGGCGAGUCCGACAGCCCCGAGAAGGAGGCAGAGUUCGCGCCCUACCCGCGCAUGGACAGCUACGAGCAGGAGGAGGACAUCGACCAGAUCGUGGCCGAGGUCAAGCAGAGCAUGAGCUCGCAGAGCCUGGACAAGGCAGCCGAGGACAUGCCCGAGGCCGAGCAGGACCUGGAGCGCGCCCCUACCCCGGGCGGAGGCCGCCCCGACAGCCCCGGGCUGCAGGCUCCCGCAGGACAACGGCCGGUGGUGGGCCCUGUGGGCGGCGGCGAGGUGGGGCAGCGGUACAGCAAGGAGAAGAGGGAUGCCAUCUCGCUGGCUAUCAAGGACAUCAAGGAGGCCAUCGAGGAGGUGAAAACCAGGACCAUCCGUUCGCCUUACACCCCGGACGAGCCCAAAGAACCUAUCUGGGUCAUGCGGCAGGACAUCAGCCCCACCAGGGACUAUGAUGACCAGAGGCCAAUGGACGGAGAUUCUCCGUCUCCUGGCAGUUCCUCACCCCUGGGUGCCGAGUCAUCGAGUACACCUCUUCACCCCGGUGACCCCACGGAAGCCUCCACAAAUAAAGAGUCAAGAAAAAGCUUGGCUUCGUUCCCGACCUACGUUGAAGUUCCUGGACCUUGUGACCCUGAAGACUUGAUCGAUGGAAUCAUUUUUGCCGCCAAUUACCUUGGCUCCACCCAGCUGCUCUCAGACAAAACUCCCUCCAAAAAUGUGCGCAUGAUGCAGGCCCAGGAAGCAGUAAGCAGGAUCAAGAUGGCCCAGAAAUUAGCCAAAAGCAGGAAGAAGGCUCCUGAAGGUGAAUCUCAGCCAAUGACCGAGGUGGAUCUCUUCAUUUCUACCCAGCGUAUCAAAGUCUUGAAUGCAGACACACAGGAGACAAUGAUGGACCACCCUCUGAGGACCAUUUCCUACAUCGCAGACAUCGGGAACAUUGUGGUGCUGAUGGCCCGUAGGCGGAUGCCCCGCUCCAACUCCCAGGAGAACGUGGAAGCCUCGCACCCAUCCCAGGAUGGGAAAAGGCAGUACAAGAUGAUCUGCCACGUCUUUGAGUCUGAGGAUGCCCAGCUGAUUGCACAGUCCAUCGGGCAGGCCUUUAGUGUGGCCUACCAGGAAUUCCUCAGAGCCAACGGGAUUAACCCCGAAGAUCUCAGCCAGAAGGAGUACAGUGACCUGCUCAACACCCAGGACAUGUACAAUGAUGACCUGAUCCACUUCUCCAAGUCGGAAAACUGCAAAGAUGUUUUCGUAGAGAAGCAGAAAGGAGAAAUCCUAGGGGUGGUGAUCGUGGAGUCUGGCUGGGGGUCCAUCCUACCCACCGUGAUCAUCGCCAGCAUGAUGCAUGGAGGCCCUGCAGAGAAGUCGGGGAAGCUGAAUAUUGGGGACCAGAUCAUGUCCAUUAAUGGCACCAGCUUGGUGGGCCUGCCUCUGUCCACCUGCCAGAGCAUUAUUAAGGGCUUAAAGAAUCAGUCCCGGGUGAAGCUGAAUAUCGUGAGAUGUCCUCCGGUGACCACCGUGCUGAUCAGGAGACCAGACCUUCGCUAUCAGCUGGGCUUCAGUGUCCAGAAUGGAAUUAUAUGCAGCCUCAUGCGAGGGGGCAUAGCGGAGAGAGGAGGCGUCCGCGUGGGACAUCGGAUCAUUGAGAUCAACGGGCAGAGCGUCGUGGCCACCCCCCACGAGAAGAUCGUCCACAUCCUCUCCAAUGCUGUCGGGGAGAUUCACAUGAAGACGAUGCCAGCCGCCAUGUACAGACUGCUGACAGCCCAGGAGCAGCCCGUGUACAUCUGAGCCGCACGCUCACGGGGCGGUGGCCUGCAUGGAGGACUGUCCUCACCGUGGUUGUGUUUCUCGUGCUGCCUCUCUGUGUCCACUGAGACAUUUCCCUCUCGCGUCCAGCAUUUGGUUUUACCCAGGAAGAGAAGAAUCCACAAGGACCUCUUUGCUGUCUCUCUCCAGUUUGCAUUUUUCUUUUAAAUCCCAGGGAAGUUUCGUAUGUGCUCCUUUGAGGAUAGAGAGCAGCCAGUCUCCACCUGGUAUCCACCUAGGACCACCCUGGAGGGCCUUCUGGGGGGGAGGGAGGUCCCGAAGUGGGCUGUCACUGCCCAAGGGGGAAGAGUGCCCUCCUUAGAAGGAGCUCCGAUGGGCAGCAAAGAAACUGAUUCAGCAGUGCCUAAAAUCCAAUUGCUGAUCUCCACUCUCCUCUAAUGGAUUUAUGGGAAUAUGGUGGUAAUGGGGGACCAGCCCACAUCAUUAAGGUUACGCACUGCCCGCCAUGUAGUUGGGGCACCAGACAUUAUUUCCGCCCAGAAUUUCUGAGCCAACCUUAAAUUUCUUCUGUAGUUAGUUUCAGUUUCAAUGUCUAUGUGUUUUCUAAUAUAAGCCUUCUCACCCCAGGGUAAAAGGGGUAAUAACUGCCUUGGAUGAGGAUACCAUAGUGUUGCAGAAAGCCUGGCAACUCCCGAGGCAGCCACAGCGUUGCCAGGUUGUCCCAAGACUACCAACCCUUAGAUGAACACAAGCAGUACGUUCUGCCUCUCUCGAGCACAUACACACAGUCUCACUUGCACUUCACCCUGGCCGCCUCCCCGCCCUAAGGAGAUGAGUGAAAAUCAGGCCCACAGAGCCCCGGGGAGACCCACCAUUCAGGAGACCCCUUCACCUCACAGGCGGUCAGCAUGCAGGGGCUGGUCAGCCUGAUCCCAAGAGAGAUGCCCUCUCUGCGGCCAAAGGCUGGCCCUCCCUGCACCACCUUGGCUUAAAGUGCUCUGCUGGACUCUCUAACCUACCACACCCACACACACGCAGACACACAUUACACACAGACACACACACACAGUCUAGGAAGGACAGACUGCUCCCCUAGAAGAUGAGGCUCUGGAUACGCAGGGUCCUGUUUCUUGGGCUAAGGUGAAACCAACUUUCCUCUCCACUCAGGGCCUAGUGAGGCAGGAUGUGAUAUUUAAAAGGCCAGAACAGUACAUAAGCCACAAAAUUAAGGGGACAAUAAUGACCUCAAGCUAUGCCUAAGAAUCCCCAGAAUGUGUUCCAGAAACAAUAUCUUGCUGCCUCGUGAGUCUGAGAGUUUUCAACUUGUGUGGAAUGUUACAUGUAUUCAUCAGGUGCCUCAUAUUUAUGGAUUCCGUCGGAGUUCAGUGCAGAUGUUUUAGUAAUAGUAUUAUUCUGAGCCAGUUUUCACUUAUUCUUGGUCCAAAGAGCAUUUUGUUUUCAUGUGGGGCGUGGUUUGUUUUGUUUUUGUUCUGUUUCAUUCAUGACCUCAGUAGAGAUGGGGGAAGAGAAGCUAAUAUAUUUUGUAAUAUUAAUGCGUUCCCUUGCUCUCUGCAUCUAGGAUAUUUGUGUUAUGUCUGUGGAAAUGGGAAUUCAGUGAGAAAUGUUGGGAGAGAUGUAUUUAUAUAAGAAUGAAGGGAUUUCAGGGAGGGAGGAAAGUGAAUAUAACAAGAUUAGGAACAAAAGACUUCACCCAGAGAGCUCUGUGAUCAAUUCACUGAAGUUUUCUGCUUAGAAUCAGGGAAGCUAAAUGCUUUCAAAGGAGUCAGCUGCUGAACUCUGGGUUUUACUGUGGUACAAAAGCCCCAAUGAAGAGUGACUACUGGCUGCCCAAGUGUCUUGUCCAGGAAGGGGCUUCUGCUUCUCCGGAGAGCUGUAUAGGGUGGGGCAAGGGGCCAGGCUGGACUAUUUGGGAACCGUGGACUUCUUUGAAGAGCUUCAUGGAGUGCUGCCAACAGGCCAACCCUAAGGCUGACCCACCAUAAAUGGGAGAAUCAGGGACCAGGGCCCGGGUUCUCAGUUUGCCUUUCCUGAAAUAACAACUCUAGAGGAUCUGGUAACGGAAUGGAAUAUGAAAGGGUCAUCAGUUCAUCUUUCCUAUGCCGUAGAGAGUGGAUGAGUGGGAAUGAAGUGUUGCCAAUGGAAUUUCAGGCAUCAUGAGUCUUGAAAGAUCAUUGCAGGGGCUCAGGGCUAUCUGCUCCUGGGAGGCCACUCGGGCCACCUGGACAAGCACCACAGAGGCCCCCUGUGGGAUCUCAACUAGCACAUCCCUAUAUGUCCCCCAAGUAAUUACAACUAAGAAUCUUCACCUCAAGGAGAAAAGAGAGAAUAUACUUUCUAUUCCUGUUGCACAAAAAUCUUGUCAACUUCUUUUGAGAGGUGCUGAGAAAGCCAAUUCUGUAAGCUUUUCUAGAGGACUAAGAUUUUAGCGGAAGAGUAAGAUUAUUGCCCACCACAUUCUUUUGUGUUAGUGUUUCCUCACACCUGGGGAGUGAAAGCUGCCGGAGCGUGAGACAGGUGCACCCAGCAAAAGUGCAUCCUUUUCCCCGGCUACGCUGGAUGAAGGGAGUGAGCCCAGGCCUGGUUGACCUGGGAGUCCUACAAGUGAGUCACUCCAUUUCCAAAAGUCCCAAGAGACAUGGUGGUCUCUCCCUUCUGACAUCCCAGUAUAUAUAUUUAUAUAUGUAAAUAUCCAAAUACCCCGUGUAAUGGGGAAGAUUAUGUACAAAGCAGCCUUCCCCAAAACUACGAGGGCACAAAGCCACUCUGGCCACUCAGCUGGGACAUGCUGGUGACUCAGCUCUGGGGACAGACUCCCAGGUCCGCCUCCCUGUCCUGGUCCAGGCAGGAUGUGGCAGAACCCACCCUGCUUCUGCCUUCUCAGUGUGAGCAUUUCAGGGAGCCACUGGCAGCCUUGGGUUCAGGAGAGGAAGGAACCCCAAAAAAACAGUACCCGGAGCCCACUUCUCACGUGACACCUUCCUCCUCGGGGAUGGCGCACAUCACAGGGGCGCUGUGUCUCCGCAGACAGGUUUGCUUUCUGAACGUUGUCCAUCAACACCGCCUUCAGGGAGUCCCAGAGUAACCUACUACCUCCCCCAUUGCUGCUCCUCCCCCUCAGCCUCCUUGGCACUGACACCCCCUGGUUCCCUGACCCACUGACAAAACCAUCCACCGAGCCCUGCCCGGGUCCCUCGACCCAGUGGUGUAGCCGUUACCAAUGUUUACAACCAGGGGCCGCCUCUCCCCAGAUGUGUGUGCUCACGUUCACAAGGCCGCUUGUCGGUGUGAGUUUCUCGUCUGUCUGCUCGCCUGGUUUGGAUCAACUCGAGCACACGACUCUGAUCUUACUUCCCCUCCAUCAAGGCAGUGUGUGAGGACCGCGUGGGAAUGAACUUUCUUGUACAUACUUAGCACAGCACCUAGAGUAUGAACCUGUACUAUUGUUCUGUAAAGGGGGCGAAAUAGAGCUUAUUGUAAAGCGUGGGGAGAAGUAUAGUAUUGUAUUUGUAACAAUAUUGUUCUUUGUAUACACAAAACUCGACGAUCUCUAUAUAUAAAUAUAAAUAAAUAUAUAAAUAAACUAUAUCUACACGUGAGCCUGGAAUGUCGACACCGCACACCCACUGAAUGUACUUUCUCUGACAGUCUGGUCACCAGCCUGGCCCUCCCCCUUCCUCCUCCCUCCGUACCGUGGCCACAGUCAUCUGGUUUGGGGUUGUGAUAUAUUAAAUGUGCUACCUUCCUUUAUUUAACUAAAUGCUAAUGUCUGUAUAAGAGUUGCCGCAACAAUAAACGAGAACUUCACCUCUUG